CUAGGGAGUCGUUAAUUUUCUAACAGGCACCCCGGCGAGGACCUGUCAGGAUUUACCCACUCACGAGCAACAACGGAAACUCGAGACGGCUCUUCUUCCUUCAUCUCUCCCUACUACGACAUACGGGUAUAGUCGCCUAUUGGAAAUACUGCUAUGGAAGGGUUCCGCUUCGGGGGAGGCUCCUUUCGAGCCUUGCUCGAAACCCACCAGCAUGACACAGAUCGCGUUGGAUAAUAGCUCACGAAGGCUGGUUAGGGGUUCUUCUAUUCGGCACUUUGACCAUCUCGUACGGGACUAGUAGCCUGCGGAGAUCGAACAAGAUCUCCAGUGUCUAUUAUAUAGACGAGCGAUGCUCACCUAUGAUCGCCAUAUUUUUAUCUUGUUCUCCAGGCCGGUAUUCCUUUCCAACUAACAUUCUCUUCACCAUUGACGAUCCUGUGGAUCAGUUCUAUUCUUAAUUCAUUAUCUUUUUUCUAAGCUUUUCCCUGUGCCCUAUCCUUCCUUUGCUGGCCCGGUGCUGCCCAUUUGCUCAAUAGUAUUCAAGAUGCCGUCGUUUUCGUCUUCUCUUCUUUCUUUUGCGUCCCUGCUCGCCUUAACGCAGGCCCACGGCGUCAUCCUGAACGCGCAAGGUAUCGACGGCUCACCGGCGAGUGUCGGCUUCAAAGUUGAGAAGGACUUGGCGAGAAAUUGCACGUCCAUCAGCCCCUGCCAACAGGAUACGACGAUCAUCCGAGAUGCAGAGAUCGCGGCCAACGUGGUGAAUGAGUGCGGACGGACCGAGCUCUCCGGAAACAUUGAUAUUGGGGAGAAUACGGAGAACGCACUCGCGGCGAAAGCUGUUACCCAAGUUCAGUCCGGGACACAGGUGAAGGUUACCAUUCACCAGGUCAAUGCUGACGGUGCUGGCCCUUAUGCCUGCGAUUUGGUCGAAGCCGGAAACAACGGCGUCAUCAGCCAGAAUCUUACUGUCGAGAACAAUGUUCCUGGAGUGAACGGAUUCUCCCAGGCCAAGACCCAGGACUUCGAUAUCCUGGUAAACAUGCCUAGUAACUUUACUUGCACUGGAUCCUCCGCUGGCAAUGUCUGUACCGUUAGAUGCCGGAAUAACGCAUUCGCCGGCCCUUUCGGUGGUUGCUUUCCUGUACAACAAGUAGAUGUUACGCCCUCGCAGAACACACCCGCGAACAUUAAGACAAGCCUCUCUCUAGAGAAGGUCUUCGCGCAAGUUGCUCAAGAUCAGCAGGAUCUCCCGGCGGCCAUAGCUGCUAUCCAGAACGCCGGUUCAGAUGAGGCUCUCCAGAACGUUGCCGUCGUGAGCUCGAUCUUGGGAGAUUCCAUCACCAGUCUGCCUGCGUCCGUCCAAACUCCCGAUGUCGCCACUGGCGUAGCUGCGACAGCGACGUCGGCUGCGAGCAAUGUCGCUAGCACGACGACGAAAGCUUCGGCUGCGAAGACCAAUGCCUCCACUGCCAAGAACGGCAAUGGACGUGGCAACAACAACAAUAACAAUGCUGCAAACCAAGGUGCGAAUGGCCGAGGCAAUGCUGCUAACAACAAUAACAACAAGAGAAGAGCCGCUGUUUUUGUUGCUUAGACAAGUAGCCAGUAUGAAGGCCGUCCAGGGAUGGAGGUAGAAGAGAGAAAGGCUGUGCCUGUUAGCGAGAUACUCACCCGGAGUUGGGAUAGCAGGAUACGGAAUACCAGAUAGAAGGAUUUGGAUAGGGCACUUUUUGAUUGUACUGGCAUUUUUCUGUACAUAUAUCUAAACACGUAGAAUACUUUGAAACUACAGGUUGAUCCGCAGUGAGCAUCUGUGAUGUCGACGAUCUCGGAAUUAGCCGCCAGAAGUUACCUAAGCACCCCACGCAGCCCUCAUCUACCAACUGGCAAAAGAUGUAAAGAGAAAACAAAUCGGUCGAAUAUUAUUUGGUAGUCAAG